UCUGUCUGUCUGUCUGUCUGUCUGCAAGGGCCUUUUUCAGUUGUUACAAGGUCAGCCCAAGUUAUUCUCUUGUGGAAGAUGGAGCUGUUCUGAGUUGAUGUCUGAAGCACAUGCUCUUUAUUAAACAUGGAUGGAAGAGCUAUUCUCUUGCUCCCCAGAGGAUGGUGACUGCGCAAUUAUGAAAGCAAGUGCUCAAACCAAUUGAGUAGAGUUCAGUUGUUCAUCGGGGAACAAGUUCAUUUUAGAGAGCAUAAGGCGAGUCUGAAAGCUCUGAACCAUGACGACUCACGUGACCUUGGAGGACGCUCUGUCCAAUGUGGAUCUGCUGGAGGAACUACCACUGCCCGAUCAGCAGCCAUGCAUCGAGCCACCUCCAUCAUCUAUUAUGUACCAGGCCAACUUUGACACCAAUUUCGAAGACAGAAAUGCUUUCGUAACUGGCAUCGCCAGGUAUAUUGAACAAGCUACUGUACAUUCAAGCAUGAAUGAAAUGCUGGAGGAAGGACAUGAAUAUGCAGUGAUGCUUUAUACAUGGAGGAGCUGUUCCCGAGCCAUUCCCCAGGUAAAGUGCAAUGAACAGCCAAAUCGGGUUGAGAUUUAUGAGAAGACAGUAGAAGUCUUGGAACCAGAGGUCACAAAGCUCAUGAAGUUCAUGUACUUUCAAAGAAAGGCUAUUGAACGAUUUUGUAGUGAGGUGAAGCGUUUGUGCCAUGCAGAGAGAAGGAAAGACUUUGUGUCUGAAGCAUAUCUACUGACACUGGGAAAGUUUAUCAAUAUGUUUGCUGUCUUGGAUGAGUUGAAGAACAUGAAGUGCAGUGUCAAAAAUGACCACUCUGCUUACAAAAGAGCAGCCCAGUUUUUGAGGAAAAUGGCUGAUCCCCAGUCUAUUCAGGAAUCACAGAACCUCUCAAUGUUCUUAGCAAACCAUAACAGGAUCACACAGUGCCUGCAUCAGCAGCUGGAAGUCAUCCCUGGUUAUGAGGAACUGUUGGCUGAUAUUGUCAACAUCUGUGUAGAUUACUAUGAAAACAAGAUGUAUUUGACGCCCAGUGAGAAGCACAUGCUCUUAAAGGUAAUGGGUUUUGGUCUCUAUUUGAUGGAUGGAAAUGUCAGUAAUAUCUACAAGCUAGAUGCAAAGAAGAGAAUCAACCUCAGUAAAAUUGAUAAAUUCUUCAAGCAGCUGCAGGUGGUUCCUUUAUUCGGCGAUAUGCAGAUAGAGCUGGCCAGAUACAUUAAGACCAGUGCUCACUAUGAGGAGAACAAAUCCAAGUGGACAUGCACUCAGAGCAGCAUCAGUCCCCAGUACAACAUCUGUGAACAAAUGGUACAGAUCCGAGAUGACCAUAUCCGCUUUAUCUCUGAACUUGCUCGCUACAGCAACAGUGAGGUUGUGACUGGCUCCGGCUUGGACAGCCAGAAAUCAGAUGAAGAAUACAGAGAGCUUUUUGACCUGGCUUUACGGGGGCUUCAGCUUUUGUCCAAGUGGAGUGCACAUGUUAUGGAAGUGUAUUCUUGGAAACUGGUCCAUCCCACUGAUAAGUUUUGUAACAAAGAUUGUCCAGGCACUGCUGAGGAAUAUGAGAGAGCCACGCGGUAUAAUUAUACCAGUGAGGAAAAAUUUGCUUUUGUUGAGGUGAUUGCGAUGAUAAAAGGUCUUCAAGUGCUAAUGGGUCGCAUGGAGAGUGUCUUCAAUCAGGCCAUCAGGAACACAAUCUAUGCUGCUCUUCAAGAUUUUGCUCAGGUGACACUAAGAGAGCCACUGAGGCAAGCUGUAAGGAAAAAGAAGAAUGUCCUCAUCAGUGUCCUUCAGGCAAUUAGAAAGACAAUCUGUGACUGGGAAGGAGGGCGUGAGCCUCCAAAUGACCCUUGCCUGAGAGGAGAAAAAGACCCUAAAGGUGGUUUUGAUAUCAAGGUUCCACGGAGAGCUGUAGGACCUUCAAGCACACAGCUUUACAUGGUGAGAACUAUGCUGGAAUCCCUCAUUGCAGAUAAGAGUGGCUCAAAGAAGACUCUCAGGAGCAGCCUGGAUGGGCCCAUAGUGCUGGCCAUUGAAGAGUUCCACAAGCAGUCUUUUUUCUUCACUCACCUUCUCAAUAUAAGUGAAGCCCUCCAGCAGUGCUGUGAUCUGUCCCAGCUUUGGUUCCGAGAAUUUUUUUUGGAGUUGACCAUGGGUCGUCGAAUUCAGUUUCCUAUUGAGAUGUCUAUGCCUUGGAUUCUAACAGAUCACAUCCUGGAAACCAAAGAACCUUCUAUGAUGGAGUAUGUGCUGUAUCCAUUGGAUCUCUACAAUGAUAGCGCUUACUAUGCUUUAACCAAGUUUAAAAAGCAAUUUCUCUAUGAUGAAAUUGAAGCAGAAGUGAACUUGUGUUUCGAUCAGUUUGUGUACAAACUGGCAGACCAGAUCUUUGCUUACUAUAAAGCAAUGGCUGGCAGUGUCUUAUUGGAUAAACGAUUCCGGGCUGAAUGUAAAAAUUAUGGAGUGAUUAUCCCUUACCCGCCAUCCAACCGAUACGAAACAUUGCUCAAACAGAGGCAUGUCCAGCUGCUAGGAAGGUCAAUUGACCUAAACAGACUUAUCACCCAACGUAUCUCAGCUGCGAUGUACAAAUCAUUAGACCAGGCUAUUAGUCGCUUUGAGAGUGAGGAUCUGACAUCCAUUGUGGAGCUUGAGUGGCUUUUGGAGAUAAACCGCCUGACACAUAGACUGCUGUGCAAGCACAUGACUUUGGACAGUUUUGAUGCCAUGUUUCGAGAGGCCAAUCACAAUGUCUCAGCUCCUUAUGGGCGCAUCACACUGCAUGUCUUCUGGGAACUGAAUUUUGACUUCUUACCUAAUUACUGCUACAAUGGGUCUACUAACAGAUUUGUACGGACAGCAAUUCCAUUUACCCAAGAACCCCAGAGAGAUAAACCAGCCAACGUCCAGCCCUACUAUCUUUAUGGCUCCAAGCCACUCAACAUUGCCUAUAGCCACAUCUAUAGUUCAUAUCGGAACUUUGUGGGGCCUCCUCAUUUCAAGACAAUCUGCCGCCUCCUUGGGUACCAGGGGAUCGCUGUGGUGAUGGAAGAACUGCUCAAGAUUGUCAAGAGCCUGUUGCAAGGGACCAUCCUUCAGUAUGUGAAAACCUUGAUAGAGGUGAUGCCGAAGAUCUGCCGCCUGCCAAGACAUGAGUAUGGAUCUCCAGGAAUCCUGGAGUUUUUCCAUCACCAACUGAAGGACAUAAUUGAGUAUGCAGAGCUAAAGACAGAUGUGUUCCAGAGCUUGAGGGAAGUGGGUAAUGCCAUUCUUUUCUGCCUUCUCAUAGAGCAGGCCCUGUCCCAAGAAGAAGUGUGUGAUUUGCUGCAUGCUGCUCCUUUCCAAAAUAUUUUGCCCAGGGUCUACAUCAAAGAAGGAGAACGCUUGGAGGUACGCAUGAAGCGUCUCGAAGCCAAAUAUGCCCCACUUCACCUGGUUCCCUUAAUAGAGAGACUGGGAACACCUCAGCAAAUAGCCAUAGCCCGUGAAGGAGACUUACUGACCAAGGAGAGGUUAUGCUGUGGCCUGUCUAUGUUUGAGGUUAUCCUGACGCGCAUUCGGAGCUACCUCCAGGACCCCAUCUGGCGUGGGCCUCCCCCAACCAAUGGUGUAAUGCAUGUUGAUGAAUGUGUUGAGUUCCACCGACUCUGGAGUGCCAUGCAGUUUGUGUACUGCAUUCCUGUGGGAACAAAUGAAUUUACUGCUGAACAAUGCUUUGGAGAUGGUUUGAACUGGGCUGGUUGUUCAGUUAUAGUUCUUCUGGGUCAGCAGCGUCGCUUUGAUCUUUUUGAUUUUUGUUACCACCUGUUAAAGGUGCAGAGACAGGAUGGGAAGGAUGAAAUCAUAAAAAAUGUGCCACUUAAGAAAAUGGCUGACAGGAUAAGGAAGUACCAAAUUCUGAACAAUGAGAUUUUUGCCAUUUUGAACAAGUACAUGAAGUCAGUGGAAACAGACAGCUCUACAGUUGAGCAUGUGCGUUGCUUCCAACCUCCCAUCCACCAGUCUUUGGCCACCACCUGUUAAGUGGCUGAUGUUGGAAAUGCAGCAUGAAUAUUUGUGUCUCUCCAUCUGAAAUCAGUGAAAAAGACGAUACCAGAUCCCAGUGAAGACCUGGACGGGAACACCCGAGAACACAGAUUUGGCAACAAUGCAAAUGAGGAUGGACUCAGUUGACAAAGAUACAUUUUCCUAAAAGGCCCAGUUUGAAUGCAUGUUCUUCUAUAUCCAAUGUGGCGAGGAGCAAAAUGUGUUGUUUUUUCCUCUUAUAGUUUCUUCAGAUUUCAUAAUGACCCAGAACCACCCAGUCAAGCACAAACUGUAUGGUGUUUAAAAUUAGUGAUUGUUAUGACGAUUCCAGUUGAGGUGGCCAGUGUUUCAAAAUGUUGGAAGUCUUCCUCUGAAUGCACAAUAAGGUAAACAACAUUCCUGCUUAUAUAAAAAUGUGGUUUCAUGAUAUGAGUCUUUAACACUUGGAUGUAAUUAGUUUUCCCCCUUGCAGUUGAUGGGAAGAUUAAUGCAUGUAGUUAAGCAUUCCCACCCCACCCCCUUUGGAAUAAAUGCAGUAGAAUAAUUAGAACAAACAGUACCUUUUUGUAUUCUGGGAAAUUCAGUAAUUAGUUCAGGAUUGAAUAUCUAAGCAUUGGUAAUCAGGUGGUAAUGAUAUUAAGAAUACACCCAACAUGACACUUGGUCCUUUGCUUUACAGCAGGUAGCAGUUGAUCUUUCAUGAGUAUAUAUAUGCAUUCCACAAACAUUUAGCUAACAAGCUCCCUAUGGCAACUCUGUCUGUGUGGACAAUUCAUAAAGUCAUGGGCUCAUAUUAGAGUCCCUCCCACUGAUGCCUUUUAUAUGAUAGCCCUGCUUAAAUAUUUGAAGGGAUUUCAUAUUGAGAAGGGAAUAAGCUUGUUUUCUGCUGCUCCAGAGACUAGGACCCAGAGCAAUGGAUGCA